CAACAGUCUCAUUUGACUGGAUAUGCAAUUGUCCGCGCAGCUAUACAUCUAUACAUAGAAAUGAGUGUGUCAAUGAUGCUUAUCCAAUGCACGCACAGACUACUGGGCCUUCCUAUCAUCAGGUCAAAUCUACGGAGCUUUAUAUUUCGUAAAUAUUAUGAUGUUAUGUACUGGUCAAGGUUAUGUCCCGAUGAGGUCAUGCUAGUCAGGUUAAAUGAGGUAAAUGCGUGAUAUGCUUUGCAUUCAUACGUCGUCGCCAUGGGGUGGAUUCAAGUACAGUUCGUGGUACUCUUUAUGUGUUGCAUAAAGUUGCAAAUACGACCAGCAUCAAGUGUUUGUCCUUACCAGUACACUUUCAUGGAAUCGUCUUGUUUCCGUUUCGUCAGCAAUGUUCGGACAUCAUGGCAGGACGCUCAACAAAUAUGUGCCAACGAAGAUUCACAUUUGGCUGUACUGGAUACAACACCAAGAAGGGACAUGAUUGUGAGUUAUAUGAAAGCAAAUCACAUUCCACUCGGUACGUCUUACUGGGUGGAUGGAAGGGACCCGCAGCAGAAUGGUAAAUGGAUCUGGUAUUCCAAGGGCACCGGCGUAGAUUCAGUUUUAUGGCACCCUGGUGAGCCAAACGGUCGAGGCGUAGAGAAUUGUAUGCACUUGCUAACUUUUGGCAGCACAUGGGGUCUAAAUGAUACACCAUGUAAUUACCAUUAUGCUUUUAUAUGUGAGAAGAAAUCAGUAAACGGGGCCUGGGGAGCUUGGAGAAGCUGGAGUGGGUGUUCAUUGACAUGUGGUACACAGGGGCUGAGGUACAGAAGUCGACAGUGCGAUAACCUGGCACCUUUAGGCGACGGUAAAUACUGUCCUGGAUCUGGGCGCGAAACUGAAGUUUGCUUCCCAGGCCCAUGUCCAGCUUGUCAGGUCCACGCCGUGCCCGGAGCCAUGAGUUCGGUAUCUGCUCCCAGAAUAAACGAGAAGGAAUAUGUGCGUUAUUAUUGUCUGCCAGAUUACACUUAUGUUAGUGGCAAUUUGAUACGAACAUGUCAGGCAAACGGUGCACUAUCAGGUACAGAGCCGGAGUGCAAGGCAUGCUGUGGCAAGACAAAGGCAAUUCCUAACGGUGAGCCCAAGAAUUCAGACAAGUACGUGUGUGAAGGAAAAGGAGUUGGCUAUGACUGUCACGUGGGAUACAGAAUAUCCAACAUGUCUGUGCCUGCAGCUGUCUGCGACUCACAGAAACUGAAAGUUCCUGUUUGUGAGCCGUCUGGAACAUGUGACACGACAGCUCUUCGAGACCCUAAACAUGGUUUUAAGGUCUGUGAAGACAUCAAUUCUGGUAAAACGUGCCACAUGAGGUGUGAGGAUGGUUAUAAAUAUGUCGCUCGUGACAAAACAUUUUACUGUAAUCCCGAGACAGGAUGGUCUUGGGGGUUGCCCCAAUAUGGUGGCGGAUUUCUGCCGUCAACUAGUGUCGAGGACUGUGAAGUGGGGCAUCUUCUAGGGGUAGACGGUGGUUUGGAUGGGCUAAUUGCUGAUGUUCCUUUCUAUGAUUACCUCGAAGAGGAUCAGAUAAAGACAGAGGUUGCUGAUGGUGUUAGAGCCAAACUAAACACACUUGGAAAAUGCUCCAAAUCGUGCGAGGUCAAGGACGUCCAAGUUAAGCGAGCAGGGACUGUAAAGCGGGACACAAUGGUCAGUUUUAACAUAAGGAUCGUGCUCCACAUCCGCGGUGGUGACAGAAACGCAAGUUCUCUUUCAGAAGUUAAAGCAAACGUCUUAAGACUGGCAAAAUCAAUACAGUCCACGGCGUCUGCUAUCAAACAGGUCCUGCAGUCUACCCCUAUAGUAAUCUCUGUGAACGGCCAAUAUAUCGACUUACAAACCGACAACUUGGUGAUAAGUAGACCACGCACAGGAUGUCGCAUGGGGUCCAUUAAAAGCGGAAUCAAAUGCUACCGCUGUCCCCGUGGUACUUAUCAUGAUACAAAUGAUGGGGAUUGUCUAUCUUGUCCGUUUGGGCAUAACCAGGACAACCCUGGGCAGGUGUCUUGUCUCCGGUGUCCUAAAGGCAAAACAACUGAUAGAAUUGGGGUAUCAAACGCCACUGAGUGCAAAGAGUAUUUCAGUUGCGACUGUGGUAUCCACCCUUGUGUAUUGAAUGGCUCAACAUUUACGUGCAAAUGCCUUUCGGGAUAUAUCUUAAAGAAUGGAACAUGCAAAGAUAUAGAUGAGUGUGCCACCAAGAACCCUUGUCCAACCAAUUCCCGUUGCGUUAAUCGAGAGGGUUCCUUCCGAUGCCAGUGUUUGCCUGGGUUCCAAGGUCGAAACUGUGAAGACAUUGAUGAAUGUUUGAAGACGUGCAAUGGCCUUCACCAGAUAUGCGUUAACACUGUUGGUAGCUUCAGGUGCAACUGUACGGUGGGAUAUUUCGGAGACAGCUGUGAUGAUUUAUGUCCAAAUGGCUUCAUUCCUGUGUCUGAUUCAUGGUGUGUGCACAUCUUCAAUACCUCAAACCCACAAGACGAGCGCCUGAACUACGAGAACUCCACCUCGGCGUGUGCUGCCCUCUAUCGGCAGGCACGUCUGGUGACCAUUAAGACUAAAACCGAGUAUAAACACCUUACAAAAUUGCUGGCGUCAUCGAACAUAGAACACUGGAUAGGACUUAACGACAGGGCACAAGAGGGUCACUUUGUUGCCAGCGAUGGCUCCAUGCUUGGGAGCGGCGAUUUUACUGAGUGGGCACCUGGCAGGCCAUCCACGAAUACAUCAACCAACUGCGUCGUCAUGGGCGGGAAAAGCGAUGCAUAUAUGUGGCGAGACGCUGGCUGUUAUGAAGCAAAAUCGUUCCUUUGUGAAUUCAGGCGCAAGUCUGGAUUAUCUCCCAUUAUUGGUUAACUUGCUUAAUUUUCAAGGACUGUCCACACUGUUCCUCAAUAGACAGUUUUGCUCACAUUUUGAAAAACUAUGCAAGUGUGAUGGAUAUGUCUGGUAAACAAAAGGAGCGUACCUCACUUUAGACCUUGACACUUUAUACUUUAGACGAUAUCUUAGUGGGCAUGUCACUUUGUCUUACUUUGGGUGUUUUUUCUAGCAAACAUUUUGACUUGAAACCUUCGGUAAUAUCUUCUCAUAUUCAUAAUCUAAAGCUGUUGUGCUGGGAUAAGACGAUUUUGAGUUUCACCUGCAGUUGUAAAAAUUGAAAAUCAAAUUUUGAGAUAUUUUUAAUUCACACGAUAUAAUGGUCCAACAAUGGCUUAAUCCGUGUUUGCAGGAUUGGUAUGGAUGAUUGAUCACUUAUUAAAUAUGUGUUGUUCACUGUAUGAACAAUGAUAUUAUCAAUUGUUAUUCAAUUAAUUAUAAGAACGCAUCAGCUUUUUAUAAACGUAUAUACGUAUAUGCAUAUAUAUUUACAAUAUUAUAUUUAUGUCUUCAAUUCCAAUA